AGAACGUAUAUUACGCAUAUUUUCUUACCAUGACUGCAUAUAUUUACCAAAAUGUGCAGGACUAUUAACUUAAGACUCGUGCUCACACUUCUUGUAUUCGAUGGCUUUUUUGCGGAAGCCGCUGCCACAAGAUACUUGGUAACAGCAUCCAAAGGUCAUGUCCUCUCCAUUCCAAUAGACGAGAAAUCCAAUUCAAAAUUAAUUACUCAGAAUUCAACGUCUUUGCGAUGUCCAAACCUGAACCCUUCCAGUAUAAGCGUGGGUCGCAAGCAGCUUUACGCUGCAAACAUCAACACAAGAAAUAUUGAGAUAUAUUCGUUUGACCCUGAAAGAGAAAGCGGAAUUGACAGUUGCACCCCAUUUAUUUUAAAUUCUGGGGUUCCCGGUCCAAAUGUGAAAAUAGCUUUUGACUGGAUUUCAAACAACCUCUACUGGACCGAUCCUACCUUCAGAUGGAUUGCGAUGAUUUCUGUGCAACAUGAAGACAAUUACACCAUACUCAUACGAGAAAAUAUCCACAUUCCGUCAGCUAUUGUAGUUGAUCCAAUUAACAAAUACCUGUUUUGGAGCGACGAGGGGAAAUUUCCAAAAAUUGAACGUUCAAGCCUUAUCGGAAAAGAUCGGAAUAUAAUAGUUUCAGAAGAUAUCUUCUACCCUAGAUCAAUAACUGUCGAUAUUGACAACAGGAAGAUAUACUGGAUGGAUUAUUAUGCUCUCAGUGUGUUCCAAUCUGAUUAUGAGGGAAAGUCAAGAAAAACAAUCUACCCGUUUUCAAGUAUGAUGUUUGGUGAAAUAAAGCAAUUUUCAGACAUUUUACUUGUUGCUACCACCAAUCAGAAAGACAGCUUGAAAGUGUUGACUUUGGACACAUAUACUCACUCACCUUUUCCUGUAAUUGAAGUCAAUACAACUGGCACAUCUUCCAUAGCAAUUUUGGACACUCAAAUAGCUCUCCAUGCAAUCAAUCAAACAUGUGAACAUAUUUUCGUGAGAGAAAAGAAACAAACAAUUUGUCUAUGCGGAGAAGGUUUUGUACUGAACUCGGAUGGCCAAACAUGUGCGAGUCAAGCAAAAUUUAGUGCAGACACUACUGUUCCACAUCCGGCGAUAUUCUGGUCCACGAAAACGAGCAUUUGUGCAGCGGACAUCAGAGCAAUGUAUGAUUCAACUGGAAACUUCCGGAAUAGAACAAUAUGUUUCGAUAAGAUCGGUUGGAACAUACAGUGGUUCGCUGUCGACUCGAGCGACAUGAAGCUUGUAUAUACUGAUGGAACUAAAAUAAAUACAUUGACGAUGGAUGGGCAAAGUACUCGACGCAGUUUAGUCGAAGAAUCAGAGGAAAUAAACGGUAUUGCUCAUGAUUGGAUAGACAAAAAUGUGUAUUGGUGCCAGGGUAAACAUAAUGGGAAGAUAAGCUUUGUUUCCCAGUCAACAUUGAGCCGCUACACUGUUAUAACCGGUCUGGUACGUCCGAGGUCCCUCGCUCUUGUUAUGUCUAGAAGUGAAAUGGUAUGGAUUGAAGGAGAAAAUGAUACCAUCACAAUUAUGACGGCUCACAUAACCGGUUCCCAUGUACGCGAGCUAGUACCUUUUAAACCAUACGCCUUGUCCGUCGAUGAACUCACAAGCAGGAUAUAUUUUGCUAUGAAAUAUUCUUUGACAUCCAUCGAUUUCGACAAGCAGAACAUGGCGAUCGUGAUAAAUCCGAUACGUGACUGCACCCCAUUCAGUGUUUACGAGAAUCAUGUCAUUAUUGCCUAUUCAUCUGCAUUGUCGUGGUUCACGUUAUCUGAAGUGUUCAAUUACCAUACUACUUUUUUGAACAUUGGUGAAGUCACUAGUUUAGCCAUUUAUGAUAACAGAGGUCAUCUUCGUAUGAUUGAUGCAUGUAAGGUCAAUAACGGUGAAUGUGACGGUAUGUGUAUUCCGAUAGGAAGAAAUCGUGUCUGUAGAUGUGGUUAUGGUUUUUCGAUGGAUGCAAAUGGACGAACAUGUUCAUCAGAACCACUACUAGAUAACUUCAUAGUUGUAUUGGAAUUACAUAGGUAUACUCUGGAAAACAAAAUAUUUCAAAUAAGUCUCGCCAAUAUAAAUGCAAGCGCUUUCGUGGUCCCGACAAACAUAGUCGAUAGCAUACAACAUGUAGUAUACGAUGCAGUCAAGAAAAGGAUAAUAUGGACAGAUGGAGAAAGUUUUUGGUACAAGCAAAUAUCUCCUCUACCAAAAAUAGGACAGUUUGGUAUCUAUACAGAUCGAUUUAUAGACACAUUUGACAUGGAUUAUAGUACGGGCAAUAUUUACUAUGCUUACAAAGUUAAUGCGAAACAAAGUAUUGGAGUAAUGUCCCCAGAUGGGCUCAAUAGAACAUUGAUACAACUUGGCACGGAUAUCGUUGGGGAAAUUGCUUUAGAUCCUGCUUCGGGGUUGAUUUUUUGGAUUGACAGCAGCCUCCCUAUUGUUUCUAUGACACGUUCUAUCAAACGAAUGAACAUGGAUGGAACGACUAAAAUCACCCUUGUCAGCCACAAUGCAAACGAAAACAACAUGUGUCUGACUUGUUCGAAUCGACUAACCAUAGAUAAAAUGAGCAAAACAAUAUAUGCACUUUACUCGGGAAGCAUAUACCGGUGUGAAUAUGAGCCCAAUACGUGUGUAUGGUUCUAUACAGUUGGAGGUUGGGUAGAAGAUCUGAUAGUCGUUGGCGAAUAUCUCUAUUACUCACACCGGGAUCAAUUCUAUCUAACAAAGCAUCAUAAACAAAACAAGUUGGAGAUUUCGCAUAUUGCUGCAAAUCCAGAUAGGAUUUCAUUUGGUAUUUUUGCAGACAUCAUUUCAAAUGACGGUCCGACGACCAAGUGCAGUAGUAACAAUGGGCGGGGAGAAUGCAGCACAUUCUGUCACCCAAUACCAAAUGGUUAUACCUGCGGGUGUCAGGAUGGGGAUCAAUUGAUGACAGACAACAAGACGUGUAAACUUGCAUUUGUGGAUUCUUCUGCAGGCCCUAGACCUUCGGAUAACAAAACUGUAGAAUCGGAUGAAUACACAUUCACUGUAGCCUCAUUCACGUCAAAAGCGUAUCCUGCUUUCAAAACAGAGGUCUCAGACACUGGUUCAUCAUCGAAGUUGCUUUACAUCGUCGCUAGUGUGGGCGCCGUUAUUGCAAUUCUUGUUGCAGCUAUUAGUAUUGUCAUCAUUUACAAGAAAAGAAGAGCUAACGUGCAGCUUCAUUUUGGAGCGCGAUAUGUUCAGAGGGAGCCAACCGGUGACCCUGCUAACGUUGUCAAUACAAGCACACACAACAUCGUAGACUCAAACAUCAACCUGGCCAUCAUAGAUCCCAUUCUUGAUCAGAACCGCGAUGUGGACAUCCCAUUGGUGCCCGUUAACCCUUACCUUGAGCUGGAAGAUGGGGAUACGUACGACUGCAUAUCUGAGGGCGGUCUGCAACUCAAUAGGGCACUUCCGCCGCUUCCAGACGACACAAGAAGACCACUCAGGGGAAGUGUAGAUGAGGGAGAUGUAGAAGAGGAGAAAGAAGGUUACUGCAUCGGUAGAGUCGGGCGUUGCACAGAAGAAUAUGAUGAUGACACAGAAUGAACUUUUUUGAUAAGUUUAUAGAAUAAUUAUACUGUGUUUUUUUAUUAUAUGUAUAUAAAUUAUUUUAACCCUGACCAACAUGAAUAUUUAAUCGCAAGCAAAUACGUUCGUUAUACGAAACAAUGCCUGUUUCGAACAGUUAUUGCACAACCGAUCAACAAUCUUUGUGUCUGUCACAAAAGCUCAUCCUCAGAAAUGAUGGUGGGUUUAUUCCUUAAACUGAGAUACGCUAGCAAAUGAAUGCCGGAUGACCAUGUCCCUUGAGAACUUUAUCAACGCCAUGCUUGGUUGUGGUCUGUUUACAACCCUUUCUCGAACAGAUUACCUUUUUUAAGUUGCCAGUAAACUGUGCAGCCUUGAUAGGGUAGUUUCUAAAUUUGAACACAAAAAACAAACUGAUCUUUUAUAGCAAAUUUUGCACGUUUUAAACCUAUUUAUUUUAUCUCGAUUGCAUUAAAGUACUUACGACUUAUUUGUAACGCCCCGAGUCCAUUUUCUGGGCUAAACAAAAGUACUUAGAAUCUUUGUGGGUGAACGCUCCCACAGUGGGGAUCGAAGCCUCGACCUCCAAAUUUCUAGGCAGACACCAUACCCAUUACACAACGGCGACUUAUUUAGCAGCCGAGUCUAACAUUUUAAGAACGUAACAACCACAAGGUCAAACAUACCACUAUACAGAAACCCGAUGUUAAUUAUUAUACUUAUCGACAAUAGUCCAUUCAAUAUGAAACACGAUACGAAUUACUAGAAAAGUUGUGACUGGUCUUCAUAAGUAACAUUUAAUUGCACAAAAUGGAACAUGAUUUAAUAGUGUUGUGUUGACAUUAUGUAGAUUUGUUAUUUGUAUAUUUGUACACGUAUUAUCUUCCUUGUCAGUCUUACUUUUUCUAUAAAAAUGUAAUACAUCUUGUUUUAUUAUUUUGUAUAUACAUUGCAUAAUAAUAUCUAACUCUUAAUAUGAAAAAAAAAUUCUUACUGAUGUGAAUGGUAAUGUGAAAAUGAUUGCAUGUAUUUAAUCCUAGGUCAACUGAAACGAAUGUACAUUUACUAUUUUUACACUCAAAGUGGCAUAACACAUGUCAUGCACUGUCUUUACACGGUAAGUUGCAUCGUUCAAAUAUCACUAAUUAUGCCGUUUAAAAACUCCAUACCUUUAAUGUGAAAAAGCUAUCGACUUGAAAAACAGAUCAACUGUUGCUUAGUUACUUAUUUUACCUUUUUUCUAAAGUCAUGCUCUGCGAUUUCGCAUUGUCAGCUGAAAUUGUAUAUUGCUACCUUAGUUGUGAAUUCGUGCUUGAGUUUGUGUUGUGCCAUUCGAUACGCUUAUUUGCGUUUAUCAAAUAUCGUAUUGUUUAGUAUAUUAUAUUCAUUGAUUUAUCUUUUUUUUGUGAGUGCUUUUUUUAGAGUCUAUGACUAUGUUAUGCAUGUGCAAUAUUAUCUCUGAGCCAUUCAAUUUAUAUUUAUCAACCACAUAUUUGAUUUAAUGAUUGUGAUACUGUUCUUGAUUUAAUUGUGUCUUGGAGGGAUCAGCGUAUUUUGUUUUAUUUAAAAAAAAACCGGCGCAAUAUAUUCCGAUAACCAGGACUCGUAUUUGGUUACUGUUCGAGAUAUAUUCUACCAGACGCAAGUUCGUUCUUGUUAUUUAAGUUUUUGUUAAAAUAUUUGAUAACACUCCUUAAUAUUAUAUUCUGAUUCUGAUUAUACUUUCUUCAAAUAUAUCUUCUCUUUGAA